UUUCAACUAUAUGACACCGGUUACACUGUUUGCAUUUUAUUACGAGGAGAAAAGCCUCUAAAAAGCAUGACAUGGGGAAAAUCAACGAGUUAAUUUGCUAGUCCAACAACAGCUUACCUGCUAAAGAGUUUACCUGUGAAAUAAUUUGCCUGCUACACGAGAACGACGUGCGACUGUUCGCAAAACUCGAGAUGUCGGUGUUGUGGUUCAGUCUGUCAUCGUAACAGAGUGACUUCUAUUGUGCUGCACCUAGAACUUCAUUCAUACAAAACAGACGAAGAAGAAAAACAGAUUCGGUCAAAUAUUUGCGGUUAAUUCUGGAACUUGAGUGAGGGAAUCUGAACCACAAGUCUGAAUUCGAAUUUUAAAUCUGGAAUUUGAAUUUGAGUCUGGAAUUUGAAUCUGGAAUCUGAAUCUCCAAGAACUGUACAAUGCCUCGUCCUGGGCGGAACAGCUACGACGAGCAGAAACCCCCGUAUUCGUACAUCGCUCUUACGGCGAUGGCAAUUCAGAGUUCUGGUGAGAAAAUGUUGCCCCUGAGUGACAUUUACAAGUUCAUAAUGGACAACUUCCCGUUCUACAGGAAGAACACGCAGAGGUGGCAGAACUCGCUGAGACACAACCUGUCUUUCAAUGACUGUUUCAUCAAGAUCCCUCGCCGUCCGGACAGACCUGGCAAAGGAAGCUACUGGGCGCUGCACCCGAUGUGCGGGGACAUGUUCGAGAACGGAAGCUUUCUGCGGAGGAGGAAGAGGUUCAAACUCCGCUUCCAGCAACACGCGGCGGAGAUCAAGUCGGGGUUGGAGGCGGCGGCUUUUCUACAGGAGCAGGCGAGACUGCGGCUCCAGCAGCUGGCCCCGGGUUCCCGGUUCCAACCGUACCCGCUGCCCGCGGCGCACACCCCGGCUCACAAACAGUCUUUCAGGAUAGAGAACCUCAUCUCGCCGGACUACAAGAGUUCGUCCCUCAUCCCACAGCCGUACCUGCCGUCCCCGCUGCCGGCGUUCGCCAGCCAGUUCCCGGGGAGUCUGAUGCCCAGCAGUCUGGUGUCGCCGUACACGGGCACGGAGAUGCCGGCGUCGCUGUCAGCGUCGUUCUCGUCGCUGUCCGCCAGCAUCGCGUCCCGGUACGGCAGCAUGGCCAGCGAAUAUCACAACUUGCUGAAGAGCGCGUGUUCGGAACAUAUCGGGUCGGCAAUCGGUGUGCCCAUCAAACCUUCGCCCAUCAACGCUUUGACGCUCAUGGGAUCCCGACCCCCCAACCACCACUCCCCCGGGUCGGGGUCUCCGCCCUCCUCGUCGACCCCCAGUGUAGUAGAUUCAGUCAUAUCAAAUCAAGCCCUGAUCCCCCUGUCCACGGCUUCGGUACUAACAGUCAGCUCUGUAAGAUGAUGAGAUCGAAUCAAAACGAUGACUGGUGUAUUUUCUUUUAUAAAAACAAGAAUAUGAAGUGCUAGAUGAAAUUGUUGUUUUGAAAAGUUAAAAGAUUUCAAAGACGAAGAGUUUUGAAAACAGGACAUCCAGAGAGAAAACAAUUGUUCGAACUGUGAUUCGUAACUGCACCUGUUGGAGCAUUAUUUUAACAAGCCAAAGGCAUAACUGAUAUUUUUUUUUUCUUCUUCUUGUUUUUUCGUUUUGUCCUUCAAGGUAAGGAAUUAUGCUUAUACAAUUAUGACUGCAAGUUAUAUUGUUUUCAAAAGCUUUAAAUUAAAUCUGCAAUUGAUGAAGAAAAUAGUGCUACGUUUUCUUUUUACAAUUAAACUGACGAAACUUUGAAAAAUGUACCGCAAGAAUUCUCAAAUCUAGUGUCAUAUCAUCUGUUCCCGUGACGUUACUUCCUGUAUUUAAAAUGUGUUAUUAUGUAUAUUAAACUAUUGAACAAUAUUGUAA